AUGGUUGAUGUGGUGGACGUCUCUUCAGACUGUUUCUUCGAGGUGGUGAUUGUCGGAGGCGGCACGUGCGGCCUUGCUGUUGCUCUGAGGCUCUGUGAAAAUGCCCCAGGUCUGAUCUACACUGAGGAGGAGCACCAGAGGUUCCACUGGUUGAAGAAAAGAGGCCACAAGGUGUCGACAAUCCACAAAGGAAUGACGAAAACGCUGAAAUACGUUUCUCCGGCCACACUCGGACCAGAGAACAUCCUUGUCUUGGACGCAAUUGGCGAUAAGUUCAUGACGGGCUGGGAUAACCAGUUCAGGUCCUGCCAGAUCCCCCAUUUGAGGCUGCCCAUGUUCUUUCACCCAGAUCCAGUGAACAUUGACGGGAUGAUCACGUACGCUCACACACAUAAACGUGAGAAAGAUCUCAUGGAGAUCCAGAACGUCGUGGGGAAGGAGUAUUCGAAGCACCAGUUGAAGCGGACUAUGAAGAAGGCGAAGAAGAACAUGAAAGGAAAGGUGCCUGCUGUUAUAGGGGAUCAGGCCGGCGGCAAGAACCACGACAGGUCGGGAAUCGUUGAUAUCAACAUGAGAGACUGGAGAGACUACUACCGCCCGCUGACGCCGUUUUUUCGUGAUUUCUGUAACGACUUGAUUGAAAGGUACAACAUCGGCGACUGUGUCAAGAAGGAUGAAGUGGUUUCAUUGAAAUACGUGGACUUGAACGUAUACGAUAAGAAUUUUGUCGAGCGAGGGUUUUUUGUGGAAACAGCAUCGGGUAAAUGCUAUGGAUGCAAGACUUGUGUGGUGGCCAGUGGACACCGGGGAAAGAUCAAUUACCCUAUCAAAGGAUUGGGCGAGAAACCGCCUCUCGAAGCUGCAUGCCACACCACUGAUAUCUUUUAUGAGAAGGUGCCGUUUCCACAUCCCAGACUAUGUGAGAAGUUAGAGACGGCUCAAAAGAAAUGCAUGGGCGACAAGAUGAUGGAACAUGAUUCAGUGAUGACCAAAAAAAAUUCAAAUAUGGAGGAGAAUGAGGAAGGCGAAAAGCCAAUGAGAGAAAAUCUGAAUGAGACGAGAAACCUUCUCGAAGAAAGGGUGGAGAACGCUAUGAAAGAUGAAAAUUCGCUGGUUAAAGGUGAAGCUAUAACAGAUAAGCACGAUAUGCGAGGAACUAUCACUUCUGUGAUGCUCAAUGAACCUAUUGACCCUUUGGAGAAAGCGAUGUCGACAGACAAGGAGGCAAUUAUUAAUGCUACAAGUAUUGAGUCUAAGCAAGCUGGGUUUACAGGAACUACACCAAAUGAGAGAAACAGCUCUGUUUCGAGUUCGCUCAGUGAUUCGGAUGCAAAUUCCAACUUCUCCUUCGAGCUCUCUCGCAAUUCGUCCACUGAGGAAUUAAAUUGUGACUGUCACUUAGAUAGUGUGAAGCGUGAAGGUAACCCAAAGGAAGAAACAGAUGUGAGGGAUUUGGCAAUGGAAGAAAAGAAGAGUAAACAGGAUCCCAAGAUGCAAGAGGAAGGUGAGCCCGAAAAAGACAAGCGUCGUGUGAAGCCUGGCCCUAACUUGGUCAGUGAGUCAGAAUACGAAUCAGCUGAAUCGAUUGCUUGUAAAAUGGAGAUGGAGUUCAAGAGGCCAAAAGACAGAGACUUCAGUGGGUGUUUAACGUCUAAGGAGGAAGCAAAGAAAAACUGUACGCAAGAUCAGUUCGGUCAGAUGAAAGAAAAGGGUAUGGAGACCUCUCCUCCCUCUCGCAAGAGCUCGGGACGUAGAAAGAAGAAGUCUCAGUUUUCUAACCUUCCACAUAUUGUGAUAGUUGGUGGAGGCCUUACACUGGCCCAAUUGGCCCAUGUUGCUUGCACCCAAGGGUUUAGAGUCACUUUGGUGCUUAGGGGCCCUCUCAAGAUCAAGCAUUUUGAUUUCCACUUGGACUGGGUCACCAAGUACAAGAAUGUGAAGAAGCUGGCAUUCUACAUUCUAGAUACAGACGAAGAGCGUGCUCAAUUGAUCCAAGACGCCAGAGGUGGCGGGCUGAUCAAUCCUGAAUACCACUUCAGACUCCAGAAGCAUCAGGCUCUGGGAAGACUCGAGCUAUUGAAGUACACAACUGUUGAAAACGGGAAAUGGGAUGACGAAAUGAAGAUGUGGAACAUUGACUUGGUCACCAAAGACGAAGACGACAUGCAAACAGAGAAUGUUAAUGUCGACUACGUAGUGUGUGCUACAGGCAUUGCACCAGACCUCAAAAGUCUAGGGUUCAUGAAUUCCAUCAUGGAGGAGUAUCCCAUCGACAUUGUAGGUGGGUUCCCAUGUCUUACUGACAACUUGCAGUGGACAGACGACUUACCGCUCUACAUGGUAGGCAAGAACGCCAGUUUGCGGAUUGGUCCCACUUCUGCCAACUUGGAUGGUGCCAGGACUGGUGCCGAGAGAGUCGGGUGGAAGAUUCAGGAGGAUCUCGCCAAGGAAAGACGAAGCCCAAAUGACACUCGCUUGCAACUUGCUGGAGGUAACUUGAACUGGUACACAUUGCUCCUGGAGGCGUAA